AUGGAAGCUGUUUACACAAAAGAGGAAAUCUGUGAUCAGAAGCGUGAUGGCUGUGAGGUGAAGCCUUGCAGGAAAGUGGCUGUGAUUCAAUGCUGUGCAGUAACCUUGGCUUCUGUCUCCUGCGCUUCUAAAGCAGAUCUAGGAAGACGCACCUCCACUCCAGCACCCCAGAGCAAAAUCUCUACUGAUGGGAAACUGCAGCGUAAGCAGAAACACAGAGAGUCGACACCCCAAGAUGAAUAUGUGAAGAAACUGAGAACUGACUCGGUUCAGAAUCUUUCUGCACAAGAUAGCCGACCACUUCCUGUGGGAUAUACAGCGACUCCACAUCCCGACAGUUCUGCAACCCAGGGCAACUUCAUUUCCCUUCAAACUCCCCAGCAGAUUCCUUCAGAGCAGAUCUUGUAUCACUGUACUGAAUGUGGCACCAAUUUCAGUAACCGAGGAAAGCUGAAAAUACACCAGCGUAUUCACACAGGAGAGAAACCGUUUCGCUGUACAGAGUGUGGAAAGAGUUUUAAUCAGAAAGGACACCUUCAAAGACACCAGCGAAUUCACACGGGAGAGAAACCGUAUGAGUGUCCUGACUGCAGGAGGCGUUUUACUCGGAAAGAAAGCCUUCAAUUACACCAGCGAAUUCACACAGGAGAGAAACUGUACGAAUGUCCUGACUGUGGGAGGCAUUUUAAUCAGAAAGGUGACCUUCAAACACACCAGCUAACUCACAGUACAGAUAAACCAUUUCACUGUGCUGAUUGUGGGAAAGAUUUUAAUCAUAAAACUUUACUUAAAGCACACCAGCAAAUUCACAAGGGAGAGAAACCGUUUCAAUGUGCUGAUAGUGGGAAGAGUUUUAAUCAUAAACGUAAGCUUCAAAAACACAAGCGAAUUCACACGGGAGAGAAACCGUACGAGUGUCCUGACUGUGGGAGGCGUUUUACUCGGAAAUAUAACCUUCAAUCACACCAGCGAAUUCACACGGGAGAGAAACCGUAUCACUGUGCAGAUUGUGGGAAGAGUUUUAAUCAUAAACGUAACCUUCAAUCACACCAGCGAAUUCACACGGGAGAGAAACCGUUUCACUGUGCUGAUUGUGGGAAGAGUUUUAAUCAUAAAUGUAACCUUCAAAGACACCAGCUAACUCACACAGGAUAGAAACCGACAGCUUUGAAAAUCCAUUUACAAACAUUAAUACUGAAGCUAAAUGGAAAAGACAUUUCAAUGAAAAACAAGGUGUAGUGGAGCCUGUUGAGGUCCCUCUAGGAGUAAGAUUUGACAGCAGAAGAAACCGGGAUACAGGCACACAUGAUCACGAUCCUGUAACUGACAAGUGUAUUUAUAUUCCAUUGUUAGAAACUUUAAAGUUUAUAUUUAGGAAUCCAGACAUUUGUAAUCCUAUUGUACAACCCUGUGAACAAAACGCGGUUUAUAAAGAUUUUUGGUGACGGCAGCUGCUAUAGAAAUCAUCCACUUUUCUCUCGGCAUAGAAAUGCAUUCCAAAUACAACUUUACUAGGAUGACUUUGAAACUGCAAACCCAUUAGGAUCCAAGCAAGGAAUACAUCAAAUUGGAAGCUUAUAUUUUAUUCUUAGAAAUCUUUCACCAAAGGUAAAUUCAGCACUAAUGAAUAUUCACCUUGUUUCACUGUUCCACACACAAGAUAUUAAAAAGUAUGGAUUUAAUGCUAUACUACAACCUCACGUUGAUGAUUAAAACAUUCUUGAAAGUACUGGAAUUAAAGUUCCUUUUUCUGAAGAACCAAUUGAUGGUACAGUUGCUCAGGUCACAGGAGAUACCUUAGGGGUGCACACACUUCUGGGGUUCAGGGAAUCUUUCAGUUCAGUUUUUUUCUGUCGACUGCUUGAUUGAUAAGAAUGUGUCUCAGUCAGUAUUCAGCGACGAUGAUUCUAAUAUCAUAUUACGUGACAGAGUUUUGCAUGAACAGCAUUGCAAUGAUCUGCUAGCAGACCCUACAUGACCCUCCUCCUUUGGAAUGAAGCGAUAUUGUUUGCUGAAUGACUUACAGUUUCUUUCACAUUUCUGAUCAUUUUGCUUUUGAUAUUAUGCGCGAUGUCCUCGAAGGCGUCCCCCAGUAUGAAAUGAAGUUGCUUUUUGGCUCUCUCUCUGACAGUGUCAUCUCCAAGCAUGACAUCAUUAAUAGAAUUCACUCUUAGAAUUAUGGUUUGUUGGAGAGAAUGAAUCAUCCAAGGUUCAAUCUAGAGCAGUCUGGCAAUGGGAUAGAGCUCAAUGCGAUGCGGGCAGCAGUGUGGAGUAGUGGUUAGGGCUCUGGACUCUUGACCGGAGGGUCGUGGGUUCAAUCCCAGGUGGGGGACACUGCUGCUGUGCCCUUGAGCAAGGUGAGGGAAACAAAAAUCGGAGCUUGCUUCUGAUGUUGUUAAAUAUUUUCAAUAUUGUUUUUUCACCAGUGAUUACUGAGGGUAUGACAGUGUAUCUCAAGCAGCUAAUUGCAGAACAUCAUAAGCUUUUCAGAAAAUAGAAGACGAAAUGCCGGUAUUUAGGAAAAUAACUGGAAUUGUUCGAGAAGCUGAACAAUAUCUUUUAGUUGCAUCUGAAUUUGAAACAGUUUGUUUUGUAGAACAUCUUCAUUCAUUUCAUGCAGGAGGAACUAGGAUAAACGUUCCAUUUGAUCUUUAGACUUCAUAUGGCUUUGAAGAACCUGAUUUGCAUGCGGUUCCAGUGAGUUAUUUAAUGUACAUGCCAACCACAACAUUGUAUUUUGAUUUUAAGUUCUAUAGUUUUGGAAUUGAAAUAAGUAUCGUGGCACUUUGAGGGCUGGUUAUGCAAUGGGAAUUUCUAUAAAUAUGGAGAUAUAAAGGACGAUGUAAAUAUCACUCCUUCCACAGAAGGUGCAGGUUUGUCACUGCUUCCAUUGAAUUGAGGAGAUUUAGAAAUCGCAGCCAAAAGUGUGUUCACAAAGAACGUCCAAAAUAUGAGAACCAAAGGCAACCAAACCACUCACCGUGGACACAAACUUUUGGCUGUGAUGUCAAAAUCUCCCAAGUUAAAGUGAAACAGUAACACAAUGUCAUGUUCUGGAGUUAAAUGCAUUUGUGUGAAUUACAAGUUGGGCUACAGAAAUAGUACAAAAUAACCCAGGAUGGCAGUGAGGACAUUUUGAUUUGUAAAAUGAUACUCAAGUGUACUUUUUUUCCCCCUUUACCAGCAGUUAUUCUUGUGGAUGAACACUGUUGUCUAAAAGUAACUGACAUCCAAAAAUUAUAAACUGUACUUGGUGUCCAAAAGGUGUAUUUUGUGAAAUAAAUGCUUUGAUUUAAUAGA